AUGGAGAGUUCUAGCAAGGAAUCGGCCGCCAAAGUUGUUCGAUUGGGUAAGCGAAAGCCGGAAGCUGAUUUGGAGACCAAACCUUUUCUCAGGAAACAUAAGGAAACGUCUGAGGAGAAGGAGACAACGGAAGGAUUUGCUUGUAGUCUUGAGCAACAAGAUAAUCUAAUCUCAGCGAAGGCUGUUUCCGUAACGCUCUUUGUAUCCGAGCUCUCUAGGCAAACAAAAAUUUCAGAUAUCAUCGAUUUCUUCAGUGAUGUUGGAGAAGUUGUUAAUGUUCGAAUUUGCUUAAGCCACACGGGAAGCUGUUGCGUUCUGGCUUUGUUGAGUUUUCUUCUGCUAGUGAGGCAAACAAGGCACUGGAAAAGAAGAAUGGUGAAUAUUUGCACGAUCAAGAGAUUUCUCUUAAAGUUGCUCAGACAAGUCCAUACCGUCCAAUCAAAAGAUGAGACACCUCCUGAUUUUGUUGACGAAGUAGUCAUUGUUUCCAAUCUCUCUCCCCUAACUAAAAUAGCACAUAUCAAAGGUUUCUUCAAUGGUGUUGCACAAGUUGUUAGCGUUCGACUUGUUGUAAACCACGAGGGUAAGCAUGUGGGCUAUGGAUUUGUUGAGUUUGCUUCUGCUUACGGAGCAAACAAGGCUCUGGAAGAGAAAAAUGGUGAAUAUCUGCACAAUCAUAAGAUUCUGUUGAUGAAAGGACAUGAAUCUCCUGGUUUUGCUGAGGAAGCUGCCAUAACAAAAACGCUCUUUGUUGCCAAUCUCCGUGACUCCAUUCAGAUAUCAGAUAUCAUCAAUUUCUUCAAAGAUGUUGGAGAAGUUGUUCAUGUUCGACUUAUUGUAAACAGCCAGGGAAAGCAUGCGGGCUGGGGUUUUGUUGAGUUUGCUUCUGCUAACGAAGCAGAGAAGGCGCUGGUAAAGAACGGUGAAUAUUUGCACAAUUACAAGAUUUCUCUUGACGGAGCUAAGACAGCUCCACACCGUCCACCCAAGUUUUGCCUAGAUCACAAGGUUUGGUACGAAGACUACCUUCGAAGAGAGAGCCUUCUCAUUAAAGAAGUUGAGGGAGUGGAAGGACUUGAUGAAACUCCUGAUUUUCUUGAGGAAGUUGCUGCAAGAAAAAAUACAGUUUUUGUCGCCAAUCUCCCUUACAACUGUCGUCUAAUAGUACCAACUAUCAUCAAUUUCUUCAGUGAUGUUGGAGAAAUUGUUCAUAUUCGAAUUAUUGUAGACCACAUGGGUGAGCCUGUGGGCUGUGGCUUUGUGGAGUUUAAUUCUUCCAACGAAGCAGAGAAGGCGCUGCAAAAGAAGACUGGUAAGAUUUCUGUUGACGUGGCUGAGAUAGCUUCAUACCCUGUUGGACCCAAGUACAACGUUGCUAAGAAGCUUUGGUACGAAGACAACCUUCGACGAGGAAUGCUUCUGAGGACCAAACCGGAUCUGAAGAAACCUUCACUGAUGAGUUUAUGCUGCGGUCAGAGGGUUACCCUUCUCUGA